AUGCUGCCAGGAUUUGCUCACUAUGACACUGAUUGUACCAUCUGCACCUUGGGUGAGUAGAUGCUGAUUUUUUUCUCGAUUUAAAAUGUAUGUAAAGAAAUAGAAGGCAAAAUACCUUUUUAUAAUAUUAAUAUAACAUGCACUUAAAAAAUAGAUGUAAAUGUAUUUCAUUAUUUUUUUUUAAUACUUUUCAUGUAUUCUUGCCAAUGUUACAGUUAUGUAUUAAAAGAAGUAGGGCAGAUUGCAUUCUUCACGUAUGAUCGUUCCUGUUUAAACAGGGACAGCUCCAGUAUUUUUUUUAUUUUUUUUUUAAUGCUAAAAUAGCAUAUUUGCAUUUGUUAAUUGUUUGUGUCCACUUACUGCACCCUGUUGACAAUUGAGCCAAAAUAUGGUCUGUUUUUUUUCUUUUACUGGUUGGAAUUUUACUGACACUAAAGGAACUGUAAAAAGUAACUGGAAGUUCUGUUUAGAAACUUAAGAGACCUUUUGGGGUUGAAUUUACAGCCAAUGUUGUAAUAUAAAUUUUAAACUUAUCCAAGUGUCAAGAGAUGACUCAUCAGACCAUAUUACGGUUUCCUCUACUAAGUGGUCCAGGUUUUACGCUCCUUACGCCAGUUUAUGGGUCUGUACUUUGAACUUUGCCAGCCUUGUGAAGCAUACAAUAUCACAUAUAUGUUUAGAAUUAGUCACAGAAGUGCUCAUUCUGUUCUAUUUUAAUGUUUGAGACUGCACUUGCCCUGUGAGCAUGAUUCAUUGUUCCUUGUAAAAAAAAAAAAAAAAAAAAUACAUGUAGGAUUAUAUCCACUUUUUUGCUUAUCUCAGGGUGUAGCCCGACCCUGCUGAGGAGGAGCAGGAAGGUGUAGAAAUCCCAUUUUUAUGAGGGGGCAAUGAAUGUAUUCCAAACCUGGCAGGAAAUGCACAAUGUAAAAUAUUUAUGUACACAUGUUGUAACCAGAUCAUAUCAUCUUGGUGAGAUCACAAAACAUGAAAUGUUUUAUACAUCAUGCCUCAAAAAUAACAUUUCAAAUCACUUCCAAACUUUGAAAGUGAAUGACCGUUCUUUGAACUUACAAUAUACAUUGCAGGUGUGUUAUUCUUACAACUCUCUCUUGCAGCCUAUCUGAUCAGGUCAGGUAAUAAAUAUUACUGGACAAACAGUUGUUGGAUCAGCGCUUAUUAGCCAGCUAGAAGCUAAGAUAAAUUGAAGGUAGUCCACAACCUAAGGGUAUGAACUUCCCUCACAGACCAUCAAAGAGAAUAGAGUACAAAAAAAAAUAAGUUAGGUCGCACCACAGUAAAAACAAUAAAAUAAUAUAAUGAUAUAGAACCAAUAGUAUACUUACUUACAAAAGUUAUAAAUGGGGAAUAGAAUAGUCCUGGUUAAAAGGCAUAUAGAUAAAAAGUCCAACUUAACUGAGGAACUUUGGUGUGAUAUCGUAAAUACAGUGUGAUAUGAAUCUGUUUGUCGUAAAUACUAAACUAAAAAUAUUUACUACAAACAGAUCCGUAUCACACCCAAGUUCCUCAGUCAAGUUGGACUUUUUAUCUAUAUGCCUUUUAACCAGGACUAUUCUAUUUCCCAUUUUAUUUUUAUUUUACUUUUUUUUUUUUUUUUAUAAUAAACAUUACUGGACCUCAGAGAUCACUCAUAAAUUAUCUUACACUAUUUGGUUUACAAACAAGAAAAAAAAAUAUGCCUCAAUUACUGUACCAUUUUACGGUAUUUUCCAGAAAACAACAAAAUGUCUAUUGCGGCACUUCUAUUGGGUAACCAUACAUCCACUAAAAGCAGCACAUUUAUUGACAAUACUUUUACAGUGAACAAAGAAUCGCACCACUUUCACAAUAUUUUUUUCAAGGAACAAUGAGUCACAGAGAUGUGGAAUUUAUAUCGCCCAACACCAGGGACAUGCAGUUCCGGGCAAGCAGUUUUUCUUUUCUUUUUAGCCGUGCUGUGGGCCGCUUAUGGCCACCGGGAUAUAGCACGGCAUUAUAUCUUAGCGGCCGUCAAUCUGCGACUGAAGAAAAUAGAAGGGAAACUGACUGCUAGACUACUGGACAAUGAGGGCUACUGGUAA